ACAUAUUUCUUGGUUAUUUCUGUUGAUCUAACGUAUCGUUGUAACUGAUUGAUAAAACAUUAAGAAACGAGAAAAUUCAAAAACGAUCGGAUGCUGGAAUAAAACGCGAGGCAAUCAGGAAAUUACGAGAGAUACCAAUCUACUUACGUUUUUAUCAGGGUAGGAGCUUCAGAGCACAACGCUCUUCUGAACGAACAUGUGAAAAUGACAACGCAGAAUAAUCGGAAUUGCUCUGGAGCAUUCUCCACUACCGACAUCGCAAACCGAGCUGUACGAAAUGUUUUCGAGCUUUUAGCCGAAGGGGAGGCCAAGUUAUGUAAUCAACGCUUAGUCAGAGAUGUAGUGCUGGUAUUAGGUAACACAGGUGCGGGGAAAUCCGUAUUUACUCGAGCAAUCGCCGGGUAUGAUACAGCUCUAAAGUCAAUCGAAGAAGGUGUGUACUACACGAUCAAGAAUCCUUACAACGAGAACGAUGGUAAGUCCUUCGUAACAUCUAGUACGAUAUUUCCAGAUCAAGUACAAGACAACAGCACAGGCAUCGUAUAUUACGACUUCCCAGGCUUUCAGGAUACUAGAGGAAUGGCUCACGAUAUAACUACGACAUAUUUUAUCAAAAAAAUCGUCGAUAGUGCCGAACGAGUCAAAUUAUUGCUUUUGGUUAAUCACUCGUCACUAACCAUUGCAGGAACUAGAGAUGACUUCACAACUCUCUUAUCUCAUAUCAUAAAAUUUGUUACCAACAUUGAAAAAUACCAAGACGGAAUUGCACUUAUUGCGACUAAAGUUCAGCUUCCUUUCAAAUCAGACGAUCAGAUCAUUUCUGCUAUAGCCAAAUUCAUUGAAACGGUUAAACAAAACUUACAAGAACAAGUAGACAACCCUAAGGCGUUCAAUAUGAUAAAACUUCUAAACAUCUUAUUACAACAAGAUGGCAACAUGUAUUCUAAAAUUGCAAUUUUCAGAACACCAGAGACUGAGGGGUACUUGAGCCAUAUUCCAAAAGUACAGGAAAAUAUUGCGUACCUUAAAACCAAGCUAGCAAAGCUGAAAUUUGUAGAAAAAACAGAUAAGGAUUUUGGGUACACUAUACCCAAACAAUCACUAAUCGAUGUCGAUAAAAUAAUCAAAGAAAUCACUCGCAGUUUCACGACAACUGUUCAAGAUAUGGGUAAAGAAAUACAGCGAUAUCUGUCUGCUGAACAGGAUCAACUACACGAUAUCUCUAAACUAUACAAUCUUACAAGUGGCAGAUACGAUGAACUAAAAAAGAUCAAAGAGAGAGCAAAUAAUCAAGAGGAAUUUGAAAAAUGUACACUGGAAAUAGUCAACGGAGCUACUUCGAUGAAUAUAAAUUUACCAAUACACCAAGAUAAGUUGAAGAAGUUGGUCAGUUAUUCAUCAUUCUUGCACGAAGUAAGCGAUCACGCGGUACAAAAUCAAUUUAAAUGCGCAGAUGGUAUGCAAGAUGUCAUCGAGUAUUCGAAUUGGACGAAAAAAUGGUACCUUUUUUUGAAUAAAUUAUACGAAAGAUUAUCGGAUUACGAAAUACAAAAAAAUACUCGAAACAAUCCAUGCACCGUGUUGGCUGAAAACGUGGUUAAAGCGAUUGAAAAUGGAAAAACUUCCCAAUUCAAUCUCGAUCCGCUAAUUUUGAAAAAAUGUUAUCCGGAUUACGAAUCGAUAUUUGAAAACAGCCAAAAUAUGAUGGUUGAUAAAUCGAAACUCAAUAACUUGAAAACCGUGUUGAAUUUAGGAUUGCAGAACAGUUCAUCUUACUCCUGUGAUUCGAACAAAUUGGUGAUAAAGGGAACGUAUGUUAAACUCGGAGAUGUGCCAGAUAUUCAUAAAAAAGAAUGCAAAGUACCAACAAAAUUCGUAGAGAUUUUCGCCUCGAAUAAAAUAUUCAUCAACUCAGAUUUAGAUACGAGUAAGAUAGGAGAAGAAGUGCAACUUUCUAUUAUAGCUCCCAUGUGGGAUGUUCAAGGUUCGCGUACAAUUAAACUAGAUGGCAAGCCUGGAAAGGCUCACAAUCCUGAAAAAGCAGACACUGGAGCAAAACCAGGAGACAGAGGCAAAGAUGGUUUACCUGGAUUACCUGGAGGACCAGCAGGGAAUUUUAUAGGAAUAGGUGAAACAUUCAAAAAUCUGCAAGAGCUCACUAUUUCUGUUCGGGGUGGCGAUGGUGGACCAGGGCAGGAUGGUGGUAAUGGUAAAGAUGGAAAAGAUGGUGAUAAAGCAUAUAAUGAUAUUCGUAUAGAGAAGAAUUUUUUUGACGAAGUGGCCAGUGUGGCUUGGUUAAGCGAUAUAGGUAGCGUUAUAAAAUCUGAUAAUCACAGGAUUCUAAAGGGUGGUGGUACUGCUACAGGUUAUGAUGUACUUCUUGCUGGUCAGCCAGGGAAAAAAGGAGGAUCUGGUGGUAAUGGUGGAAUGGGUGGUCUAGGUGGAAAUCCGGGCGAAAUUAUUUUCAUCUCUUUGUCAUUGUCAGAUACGAACCAUAUAAAUAAGGUUACAGGAAUGGGAAACAAAGGUUCAGAUGGUAGCGGAGGUUUUGGGGCUGAUGGAGGACAACGUGGGAACAAUAUGCAAAUAUUCUCGCCAUCAUUAUUAAAAUUUUUGAGAGAUGUUGAAACAAAAGAAAUUCCUAACAAGGAAAAGGCAGCAAAAGGUAAAAAUGGUAAAGCUGGUUAUAACGACUUCCACAGAAAACAGCCAACACAAAGUGAAAAAAUAUUGAAUCCAGGAGUCAUAAUAAACGAAUACAAAAAUCACAUCAGCGAAAUCACGAAUCAAAGUGUGAGCCAAUUCUAUUCAUCGGAAUUUCUCGGAAAGCUUGACAACAUUCAGAAUAUGUUACAUCGACGCAGAAGACGUCGUCAUAUUGAUUCUACAAAUGAAACAUUCAAUGUCGAUCAUGAUGAAGAAAGCAACAUCAAAAAUUUAAGCUUGUCAACCAACAUUACGCCUGAGAAUAAAACUGAACAAAGUCACCUUUCAAACGAUCUAUACACAAAUAAAACCAAUUCAUUCCUGAAUAAUUCUAAUUUUGCAAAAAGCACCGGCGUCAGAAUCAAUUCACCUAUCAACUUCGCUAUGAAUUUAUUCAGUAAUUUCUUCAGUCAACUGGAAAUCUUCACACCCACUAACAUAAUGACUUUGGGUUUGGUUAAAGGUGGAAUCGAAUACAUGUUCGGAGAAUCAACCUCUUUACAUCACUACAGUACAGCAGAAAGUACAAGUAACACUAAUCAUCCGUUAGCACUUGGAAAUUUGAAUAUCAAUGAAUCACUGACAUUGGCUGAUUUUGCCAUUCGAUGCAUCACGAAACAGAAAUUUCACAAUAGUGGAGCGAAAGCGAUUGGGUUUUCUGAAAUAAAAGCCUUUGUAAUAAGUAUUGUUACAGAAUUUGAAGAAAUACUCAGCGAUAUGUCGGUAAAAUAUAAUUUACCUCAGGGAUCUUUGGAAUUCGAUCCUGUAACAUUGAUGUCCAAACUUGAAAAGGAAGUGAUCGAUCAAAAUUAUGAAAAAGUGGUGCAGAUACUAUAUGGAUCUAUUGAGAGAAAUCCUAAUCUAGAUGGUUCUCAAUUUCGUACUGACUUACUGCACAAUCUUGAUAAAGCAAUGGAGAUGCAAAAAAAAUAAGAUCAUUUCAAGGAAUAUCGCUUAAUAAAAUGAAACCAUAUCAGGAGUAAAAUUACUUCAUUUUUAAAUUGAAUUUUUUUUUAAGAGCUUGGGAAUUUAAUUUACCCAACAGGAGUUUAUUCAAUAUUGACGCACGUUCAUAUCAUCUACAGUUCACUUCAAUAAAAUAUC